AUGUUAAAUUUAUAAACUGUUUUAAGGGGAUUUGAGGAAAAUGGAUUAAAAUAAGAGUAAUAUUUCACUCAGGAUGAAAUUUUACAUAAAUUGGAUAUAAUGGCGAAACGGGAGUUCGAUCGAGGGAUUGGAGAAUAAAUAUUUGAAUAAUGCCAACCUAUCUAAGAGAAUUUGAAAUUAUUUUUUAGACUAGCUGAUGUUAGUUAAACCUUGGUUGAUGCUAGUUUAAUAUUGAGUGAAAAGAUUAAGAAAGCAGAACUCUAAUUAAAGCUAAUUUCUUAGAAUAAGGCAGUUUGCGAGAAAUAAUUAGAUGAAACAUGUUUGCUAUCAUCUUAUAAUUAGCGGUUUACUCUGAUACAAGAUACUUGUUCUUGACAUUAUUGUGUGCUAAGAAUAUACCAUUAAAGUUAAAAUACUCAAAUUGCCACAUUCAAUUGACUUUGGGUGUAACAAAUUAAAUAGCAAGACCAGAAUAAUAAUAUGAUAGAGUAAAUCCAGAAUUCAAUUAAGAUUUUGAAUUGUAAUCAAAAUAUACUUAAACAUAAUUUAAGUUAGAUCCCUCCAGCGACAACAUCCCUUUCGCUUCAGUUUUACAUUCAGACUAAUGCAGCUCCAGCAUCUUUAUGGGGAUAAGCAUAUCUGUAAAUUCAGCAAUUAGAUGAUUCAGCAGUAAGAGAUCUAGAACUGUAAUUGAAGGAUCCUUAAGGCAGAGAACUAGGAGCUAGCAUUGAAAUAGAAGCUCAGAUAGUAUUGAAUAAAGUAUUCCUCUAAAAGAUAGUUAGCAUCAAUAUCUGUAAACUCAAUUGCAGAAGUUUGAACAAAAGAUUUACACCCUUGAAAAUGACUUGAACGAGUACAGAACUGAUUUGGAUGUAGUGGAGAGACCAUUUAAGAUUAAAUUAUUCAAGGAGUAGAGUUUUAAAGAUUAAAAGAAUGACAUUUUUGAAUAAUUCGAUCAGCAAUAAAUGAAUGAGAUGGAUUAAUAGAACCCAAAUUAUUUAUAGGCAUCUGAACAUAAAGAAUAAAUAAUAUCUGCAUUAUAAUCAGAAAAACACUUAGAUAAGUUUGAUGAAACGCCAGAUGCUCCUGAGAUCCUGCAACAUGGAGUCAUCAUAUUCACUAUUUAUGGUUUGAUCACCUUAUUUGUUUGUUCUGCUAAACCCUCCUUCUUAGAUGUAAUUGUCUAAUCAUUUUGUAGG